AUGGCGGACCUGACUCUUGAUAUCCCUGAGGUACAGAUCGUGGUCAACUACCCCUUAGACGGUGGAGGGUUUUUCUGGCAUCAUAGGAUACUUUUGCAUCGUAUUGAGGGAGGGAUCUGGCUGACCCUGACUCCCGACCACGAGAUACAAAGACAUGAUCUGAAUGCCCUCCGACAUCGCAUCUUGCAGAGGUCCGCCCCUUAUCCCGCGGACAUCGCAGCCGAGAUCUACGCGCACGAUCCGAUUGGGGCGGCAGCUCUGGCCGGAUUCAAGAGGGAGGCCCAGAUCCGAGCCGCCAUCCUUGGAGAGGGGGCGGUGGAGAACAUCGAGGCCUUCGUGUGGGUUAUCUCGGAGCCAGGCCACCCAGACUUUGGUGUCACCGUCGAUGCCGGGUUGCUUGGGAAUGAGGCGACAGGCUUGGCGUUCACCCUGAAGGGCGUGGUCAUACGUGGAGGUGAAGAACUCUUCGUGGAGCGGGUUAUGACCCGCGACCUCGAGACCUGGCGCAAGAAGAGAGGCCUUGACCUUUCGGAUGUCAGACUUCUCGGCGACCACCGUGAUGCUGCUGGGAAGAAGCGACUGGACUUGAAGGAGGCCGUCGCCCUGAUGAAGAAUGUCGAGGACAAGGAGUUCCCAAUCGGCGGGGUCCGGGCGGCCAAGGAGCUCCACGAGGCCGUCGCAGCAAGCGCGGGGGAGUUCCUCAUCUACCAUUCAGAAUGGCUCAGGCUCUCGGGCGUCAACAAGAAGACAAGCGCAGCGCACAUACACCGCUCACUCUGCGAAGCUCUUCGCCUGAUGCACUCCUUUGACCAGGUGGACACUUCGGUCUUAGCGAGCGGGGAGCACAUGGUGCGCUGGCUCAUCCAAGUUGAGCUCGCGGUCGAGCGGAACCCUCACCAGCCUGACUUCUCCGGCUUGGACAUCGUCAGCGGCACCGCCCAACUUCCAGAUGGAAGGGCCAGCACUUCGAAGUUCUCCGAGUGGGUCAGCAACCGCCUUAAGGAGAGGGCCUCCAUCUGGAAGCAGGAGCGGCUCUUCAACCAGGAGAGGCGCCAGCUUCGGGCAGGACGAGGCGGCAAAGGCCAGGGCGGCGACUCGUCUUCUGAAGAUGGGAGCUCCGCUGCCGGGACAAGAAAGAAGAAAAAGAAGAAGAAAGGCAAGGGAGGUGAAGAUCCGACGGCCGCCGGCUCGGGUGGCCGGGACGGCAAGUAA